GUCGUUUGAGAUAUGUUUUCCAAAAGGGCAUUUACAUUUUUGUUAGUUUCCCAAACAAAGAAUCCCUGGGGUUUUUAUUUCAUUAACAAUAAGUAAAUAUCAUGCAGUAUUCAUUGCCCUGUCCAUUGUUCAUGUUUUAAAAAUACUUGUAAACUGAUAGGCCCUGCCAUGUUCAAGGCAGCUAAAAACAAAUAUUUAAGCAAAACUGUAAUCUGAGCUCAGAACUGUUUUUGAGGUUUCUUCUGGAAGAGCUUUUUCCCCCCUCUGGAAUUUUCUCUCGGAUGAGGAUCAGCUGGAGGGGGAGGAAAGUUAGCCAAAUCUGGAGCUGUGUCGUUCAGCACAUCUGGAAGCAGUUUUGUGUGGCUCUCUCACUCCACCAAGCAAUGUCUGGAUUCUGUGCAGCUCCAUAGUAGCAGAAAGGAAGGAAAACCUACUCUAAGUAAACUGCAAGAGAAUUUCAAAGACAUUUCCCUAUCAAAACAUGUCUAUAGGGACUACAGAGGACUUCCAAGUCUCUUCUGUGCAGGAUUUCAACAGGGAUCUCACAAGAGAUCCAGUUUGGGCAUGAUUUUCUUUUUUGUCCUGGACCAUCCAGCAACCAAGAGCAACUGCCUUCCAGUUAUUGUUCUGGAGAAAGACAUCUUGAUUGCUGUACUGCAUUUAACAGGUUGCAGCCCUCCAAAAGGGACACAUGGCUUUACUCCGAAAAAUUAAUCAGAUUCUACUGUUCCUACUUGUUUUUACCAUCUGUGUCAUUCUUUAUAACAAAGUUCACAAGAUGCCAUCUACCUUGCUAAAGAAUGAACCAGUUGACUUGGAGAGCCCGGAAGAAAUGGAAGAAGACAUUCCUGUGGUGAUAUGUGCUGCAGCAGGAAGAAUGGGAGCAGCAUUUGCAGCAAUCAGCAGCAUUUACAGCAACUCUGAUUCAAACAUCUUGUUCUAUAUCGUUGGCCUCAAGAACAGCAUCCUACAUAUCAGAAAAUGGAUUGAAAAUUCCAAACUGAAAGAUAUAAAGUUUAAAAUUGUGGAAUUUAACCCCAUGGUACUAAAAGGGAAACUCCGACCAGAUGCAGCCCGCCCUGAGUUACUUCAACCUCUGAACUUUGUUCGAUUUUACCUUCCUCUACUUAUCCACGAACAUGAGAAAGUGAUAUAUCUUGAUGAUGAUGUAAUUGUCCAAGGUGACAUUCAAGAACUGUAUGACACCAAGCUAGCUCCUGGGCACGCUGCAGCUUUUUCAGAUGACUGUGAUUUGCCAUCGACUCAUGAAAUGGUCAGAAGUGUAGGAAUGCAGAACACCUAUAUGGGAUUCCUAGACUACCGGAAACAAAUAAUUCGUGAUCUUGGCAUUAGCCCCAGCACCUGCUCCUUUAACCCUGGUGUCUUUGUCGCUAACAUGACGGAAUGGAAGCACCAACGAAUUACAAAGCAGUUAGAGAAAUGGAUGCAAAAAAAUGCUGAAGAAAACCUUUACAGCAGCACUCUUGCAGGAGGUGUGGCCACUCCCCCAAUGCUCAUUGUAUUCCAUGGAAAAUAUUCACCCAUUACUCCUCUGUGGCAUAUUCGCCAUCUAGGCUGGAGUCCUGAUGCCAGGUACUCAGAACAGUUUCUUCAUGAAGCCAAGUUACUUCACUGGAAUGGAAGAUACAAGCCUUGGGACUACCCCAGUAUUCACACUGACCUUUGGGAAAAGUGGUUUGUCCCUGAUCCUUCAGGGACAUUUAAACUGAUUCGUCCUAACAGCUGAUGCCAUUAUUUACAUUUAUGACAUCUGAGUUGUUAUUUCCAGCCCACACAAGGGACAUAAGUCUACAUAGUACAAGAUGAUGUGAUUUACCUCCUUCAUUGUACAGUUGUAUGAGACUGCAGUUGACUUAUGCAGUCACCAUGAGUGAUGUUGAAGCAGUGUCUCAAAAUGAAACUAAGUGUGCAGUGGAACUAUUUUGAAGUGUGCACAGAAGCUCCAGUAUCAUCAUGCUAUUGAGAUUUCAACUCCUACGGAAAUGGCUUUUAUGAAAUCAGGAACUCCUUUCCAGCAUUAAAUUAUAUCCUGUAAAUAUUAGAUUUCUUGCUAACCACCUGUAACACUUCUGAAUAAAAACGCUUGUUAUAUAGCCUUUCUGUAGUCAAUAUUAAACUAGAAUUAAAAUUAAACAUCAGUUUUUUAUUUCAAUUAAUUUAUCACUGCUUCUUUUCAACACAAAGCAAUUAAGACUUUUUAAAAAUGCCAUAAUUAAGCACCAGAAGAUACCAUAAUACAUUGCAUUUUUGUUUGCAAGGAAUUGGCAGAUCAGAAGUGUUUUAAUUCUAUUUAAAGCACCAUGUUUGAGAAUUUAUGCAUUCACAUUUGACCUGUUAUUUCGUAAUUAUUCCAGAGUGAUAGAAUAGAUGCUUCUUUCAAAACAAAAUAUUUUCUUUCAUUUUCAUGAUAGUUAUUGAGCUAUCCAUCAGCAAUGUUUAACAGUAUUGUUAAAUAUAAAAUUGUUCCAGAUCCCUGAUGCAAGGAACUUUGAGCACUUGCAAGAAAGAGUCCUUGUAAACAAUGAUACAUAUAAAAUAAGUGAAUAAUUUUUGUAGAUUGUUGACUGUACAAUGAACAAUUUUCACACAGAAUAACCAACAUGAUCAGAACCAGAAUAUACACCUCAGUCUUAAUUUAAAACAAUGGGUUGGAUCCAAAGAGGCCCUUCCCCCUAGGUUUAAAGAGCAUAUUUCCAUUAGUAGACGGGUGUUACCAUCAAAAGCAGUGUAGUUCUUCCACCAGUGAAACACAUAAUUUGCCCAGUAUUAGAGCAAAAGGCAGAAGUAGCCACCUCAAACCCAGUGACACUCAACUGAGAUGAAACCUCCAACCAAGAUCCCAUGGAAGCCUUAUCUGUCUAGCUGGGUGGUCUGGCAAGGCUGAGCUGCCUCUACUUCCAAGCCUCAGCAAACAAGAGCAAGAAGUUAAUAAGCAGCCAUAGAAAAGACACAGAAAGCACAAGCACAUUUUCAGUUCUUAUUACUACUGCAGCCUUCUCCCAUGUCUAGCACGAUGGCUGCUCCCCCAUUCUGCCUGGGUAGUGAGCAGAUGCCCACUUGAGGGGGAAGCAGGCAAGAGUUGCCAGCAUGACCUGCCAGCUCCCCCUGAACCUACCUCCAUUAUACUGGCUGCAACAAGGCACUCUGCUAAAGACAGGGAGUCCAACUUCAGCUUGUAUCUGUUGUUAAAUGAUUCUGUCUACUGCUAAUAGUACUUUGGAUCCAACCUGUUUUCUAGGAUUUUAAGCCACAUGAUUGCAAGGGUGGGGGAGACCAUAAACAUGCUUAUCUCCUAAAAAGCACAUGAGAACACAUUUUGAAAAGGUUUAAGCUGCUACGAGGCUAUGGAUUUACUUUAAAUUGAUUCAUUCAAGCCAUAAUUGCUAAUACACACAAGUACUUAAAGGAAACAUCCAGCAGUCUACGGUGCAGUUA